AAUAUAGUUAUAUUUCAUAUGCAUAAACGUAGCUUCUCAUUUUCGGAAUCGGAGUCGGAUCGGGUCAUGUCCCGUUUCAAACAGGAGUUCGGUUUAAAUAACUGAAAAUCAAGAAUCCUGUGAACCCCAGUGAUCUCCCAAAUGUCCAUUCCCUGCCAAUCCUUUUCUUCUUUACUUCCUGCUAUCAUCUCUUCUCGUACUCCGUCCGCCCAAUUUCACUUCCGUAUAUACAACAAAAAAACCCGCCCGACUGGUAUUUCGACCCAACUCCGACAUGGUCUUCCCCUCAUCACUAAAUGCAGAACAAGAACCUACCAUUGUUACUGCUCAAGUUCAACAAUGCCACUUAAGGACUCCGCUUCGGCACCCCCUCAGGAUAGCCUAUCCUACUCUCGAGCGUACUGGGUCUCUAGUUCAAUAAUUGCUUGGAAUGUGGAUGCUGUUGGUGGUUCGUGUUUUUUAUACUCCAGUAGAUCUGCAGCUCUAUCUGUUACAGAUAAUGGAAUUGAAGGCUCCGAUUUCAGUAUUAAGCUCGAAAGGCAUGAUCAGAGGCUUCCAGAAAAUGUGAGAGAUAAGUUUCCUCAUAUACAAGAUUAUAACGCUUUUAAGGUUCCUACAAGUUUGGAUCCCAAGAGUAUUCUUAAAGACCAACUGGCUGUUGCUUUCUUUGACUCAAGUGGACACUGCAUUAGUGUUACUUGUUUACAGCUACCUGGUGUUCUUGAUGACAUUUUCUCUUAUUGGGGUCCUCUUGGUGCUAUUUUUUUAAAUGAAGUUGUCUCACUUCAUCUUUGGGCUCCAACUGCUCAAAAUGUACGUGCAUUUAUUUAUAAUGGACCCUCAGGCGGAGAACCACUUGGGAUUGUCAAUCUUAAGGAAUCCAAUGGUGUUUGGAGUGUGAAUGGUCCAAGAAGUUGGGAGGGGUGUUAUUAUGUCUAUGAAGUAUCUGUCUACCAUCCGAGCACCUUGAAGAUAGAAAAGUGUAUUGCAAAUGACCCUUAUGCCAGAGGGCUUUCAGGUGAUGGGAAGCGGACUUUUUUAGUCAAUCUUGAUUCUGAUGCUUUAAAACCUCAGAAAUGGGAUGAUUUAGCAGACGAGAAACCUAAUAUUGCAGAUUUUUCUGACAUUAGUAUCUAUGAGCUGCAUGUUAGAGAUUUUAGUGCUAAUGACCCUACGGUGGAUCCUGAAGUUCGAGGAGGUUAUCUUGCCUUCACUUCUCAGGACUCGGCUGGUGUACUUCAUUUGAAAAAAUUAUCAGAUGCUGGCCUCACACAUAUUCAUCUACUUCCAACUUUUCACUUUGGAGAUGUUGAUGACGAGAAGGAAAAAUGGAAGUCUGUAGAUAUGGAGAUGCUCAAAUCUCUGCCACCAGAUUCACCUGAGCAACAGGAGUACAUCACAGCCAUCCAAAAUGAGGAUGGAUACAACUGGGGUUAUAAUCCUGUGCUGUGGGGAGUCCCUAAAGGAAGCUAUGCAACUAACCCCAAUGGUUCAUGUCGUAUAAUAGAGUUUCGGAAGAUGGUUCAGGCACUUAAUUUUAUAGGUCUUCGUGUUGUGUUGGAUGUUGUUUACAAUCACUUACAUGGGAGUGGUCCUGUAGGUGACAACUCUGUGCUUGACAAGAUUGUUCCAGGUUAUUACUUGAGAAGAAAUGCAGAUGGUUUCAUUGAGAACAGCACAUUUAAUUAUAAGAUUGAUGGGUUCCGGUUUGAUCUUAUGGGUCAUAUGAUGAAAAGUACAAUGAUGAGGGCUAAAAGUGUGCUUAAAAAUUUGUCAAGGGAAAAUGAUGGAGUGGAUGGUUCUAGAAUCUUCAUAUAUGGUGAAGGUUGGGAUUUUGGUGAAGUGGCGAAUAAUGGUAGAGGGAUAAAUGCAUCACAAUUUAAUCUAGCAGGAACUGGAAUUGGGAGCUUUAAUGAUCGAAUUCGAGAUGCAUUGCUUGGUGGAUCUCCAUUUGGGCAUCCUCUUCAACAAGGGUUUCUCACAGGAUUAUCUUUACAACCAAAUGGUCACGACCAUGGUACCGAGGCUAAUGCAGCACGCGUACUUGACGUAUCAAAGGAUCACAUUCAGAUUGGAAUGGCUGCAAACUUGAAGGAGUUUGUGCUAACAAACCGUGAUGGCCAAGAGGUUAAAGGAUCUGAAAUUUUAACUUAUGGUGGAGAUCCUGUUGCAUACACUUUACAACCAGUGGAAACAAUUAACUACGUGUCUGCUCAUGACAAUGAGACCCUGUUUGAUAUUAUUAGUUUGAAGGCAGCAAUGGAAAUUUCCAUUGAUGAGAGGUGCAGGAUAAACCAUUUAGCAACAAGUAUAAUAGCACUUUCCCAGGGUGUUCCAUUUUUCCAUUGUGGAGAUGAGAUCCUGCGUUCCAAGUCUUUGGAUCGUGAUUCUUACAAUUCUGGUGACUGGUUCAACAGGUUAGAUUUUAGCUACAACUCAAAUAAUUGGGGUGUUGGCCUUCCUCCGAAAGAGAAGAAUGAGAAAAGCUGGCCAAUAAUUAAACCAAGAUUGGCUUCCCCAUCAUUCAAGCCUCAUAAAAACCACAUAUUAUCUGCUCUUGAAAAUUUCCAAAAUUUGUUACAUAUCAGAUACUCUUCAAUUCUCUUUCGUUUGAGGACUGCAAAUGCUAUCCAGGAAAGAGUACGAUUCCACAACACGGGUGGAUCUCAGGUCCCUGGUGUCAUAGUCAUGAGCAUUGAAGAUGGCCAUGAAGGAGUUCCAGGGUUGACUCAACUUGACCCAGAAUAUGCAUACAUUGUGGUUGUUAUCAAUGCUUGCCCAACUGAAAUCUCAUUCACAAGCGCUGUGUUUCGAGGGAAACUUCUCCAAUUGCAUUCUGUGCAGAUGAUGUCAACUGACAAUUUAGUGAAGAACUCAAAUUAUGAUCCGUCAUCAGGAUGCUUCAGGGUUCCUUCAAGGACAACUGCUGUGUUUGUUGAGCCUCGGAACAUUCAGGAGUAGGAGUUGACUUUUGAGUGAUUCAUGAGGAGGUGCAUAGUCAAGAUGUAGAGUACAAGUGAGAAAUGCAGGCCAAGAUAAAUAAGGAUCUGUGAUUGUUUUGUUAGAGUUUUAUGAUAAUAGUAUUUAAUGUUGUGAAAGUCAGCUCCUGCAUAUAGUUGUGUGCAUUGCUGAUCACUUGUUUGGAGUGACAACUUGUAUUUUAGUAAUAAUGUCCAUAUGUUCUAACAGCU